AUGGCGACGCUAACCGUGAAUCCACCCUCGCCUCACAGGUUCGAACAACAUGUCGGAUUUGACAAUCUACCGGUCGGAGAAGCGACCAAGAACAAUCCUUCGUCGUUUACCCUUCAAGCGAGGCACCAGGGCUACCACCCUUCGAGAAGGUCCCGGACGUUCAUGAUCGGCGUCGACGAGCACAAUUACUCCCAAUAUGCGCUGGUCUGGCUUCUGAACAACAUGGUGGACGAUGGUGACGAGGUUAUUUGCGUGAGGGUCUUGGAGAGCCCAGUCCGGCCAGAUAAGAACUACCAAGACGAUGCAAGGAAGCUUCUGGAAACCAUCAAGUCCAAGAACGAAUUGAACAAGGCGAUCAGCGUGAUCCUGGAGUACUCGGUUGGGAAGCUCCACGACACGUUCCAGCAAUUGCUCGGGAUUUACAAUCCCUCCAUGCUCAUCGUCGGCACCAAGGGACGGACUCUGGGAGGGUUCCAGGGACUCAUGAACGCGCGAAAUUCGUUUUCCAAGUACUGUCUCCAGUACAGCCCCAUCCCGGUGGUCGUGGUUCGGCCGGACGACAAGCGACUCAAGAAAAAGGAGAAGCGCUCGCAGGAUCCCGGACGACAGAGCUACGCCGCCAUGCUCGCAUACAACUCGGGUCGCCACGAAGCCGACAGCGAGGCCAGCAGCGUUUAUGAAUUCGAGAAAGGGAUAUCGGCCGACGAAGAAGCCCACCGCGUCGCCGCUGCGAUUGGACUGCCCGCGAGAUUUGACCCGACCAUCAAGCCAUACCAACCCCGCGAUAGUUCGCGGCGGAGGUCGUCGCCGUCUGGGCAUUCAACCGGACGAACCACGUCCCUGUCUCCGCCUCCGAUGCCGCUUGCCGCCGAAAGCGGGGAGGACGAGAGCGGUGAUGAGGAGGACGAGUUCGAGGUUGAGGCUGUGUCCAACGGGAAGUUCGAUGACGAGGAUCGGGAGCAAACCGGGCUCGAAGAGAAAAAGCAGCGCCUUCACGCUAUGGAAGUGGGUGAAGCGGCAGCGCUUCUCAAGUCAGGGAAGGCGGAUUCGCUAGAGGACGAGGAAGAGGAGGACGAUUCGCGGGAGAGGGGAACACAAGGGACACAAGAAUCACAAGAGUCACAGGCGUCACAGGGUGCCGGGGCAGCAGAGGGGGCAAAGGGAGAGCCGUCUAGGUCGUAG